AACGCCUUCCACUGUCUUCCGUGUUGUUAUUAGAACGCGUCGGUGGGUGUUAAAUGACGGAGCACUGGAAGCACUUUUGGGAUUAGGAUGGGAUGCUUAGGUGACCUACGGAUAAAGUGAUUCCUAUUUACCGCGAAUGUAGAUGCACUUCAGUCGUUCAUCAGCGCUGUGACGUCAUGGCAGCCGCCAGCGUGACCAGACCUGCUGGCGUUCACUCCAUUGAAAAGUCUCAGUUGAUCCUAAAAGUGGUGUCGGCAAAGCCGCAGUCUCCCAAGCUGCCGAGCCGUCACUCUCGGGUCAGCUCCUUCGUGGAGGUGACGGCAGACGGCCUGUCCAGUGAAACCAAAAAGACGGGCAAACGCACAGGACACCUGGAGCUGCAGUGGAACGAAGACCUCACUCUGAACGUGACGCCUCAGAGUCGCCUGGAUUUGAAGCUGUGGAGCUGCCACACGCUGAGGAAAGAGUUGCUGGGGAGCGCCACCAUAGACUUGCUGGACACGUUGCACAUGCAUGAUGGCAAGAUGGAGAACGUCCAGCUGAGCCUGGCGCUGCAGACGGAGAACAAAGGCUUGGUUGUAGCGGGAGGCGAGCUCAACGUCUGUCUGGACGGCCUGGUUGUUGAUCUGGGAUCGCUGCCCAAUGGCAGCGCGGCAGCCGACAAAAUACUGCAGUCUGAUAGACCCAACCUGAGGAGGACACAAAGUGAGGAGACGCCCAGUGCUGCUGGAUCUCACACCCGGUACCAAGUGAGCGGCUCUCAGGGCAGCUCCCCACGCUGUUCCAGAGGGGUGUCUUUAACUCACGACGAAAUGAAUCAGGAGCAACCUUCCGACCCGGGCUCCUCUGGUCAUCAUCGGCCAUCCACAAGCCCCGGAAACAGUACAGAUAAAGUUGAGUUGAUGUCCAACGGUCUGGAAACCAACCCGGUCCGUCACACGCCGCCUGCGUCCUCUCAACCAGGGCGAGCCCAGGCGACCGGCGGCAACACCCCCAGUCUAGACCAGCAGGACGGCCAGGGUUCAGUCACCCCAGCAGAGCUCGGCCCGGCCGCCACUUUCAGCCCAGAGCAGGCCGGCAACAGCAGCGCAGAAAACCACUCGGAGUCCCUCCCAGCUGGCUGGGAGCAGAGAGUACUUCCUCACGGCAGAGUUUACUACGUGGACCACAACACCAAGACCACAACAUGGGAGAGGCCGCUGCCACCAGGCUGGGAAAAGCGUUUGGACCAACGAGGCAGGUUCUACUACGUCGACCACAACACCAGAACCACCACGUGGCAGAGGCCCACCGCCGAGUCUGUGAGGAACUAUCAACAGUGGCAGAGCCAACGCAGCCAGCUGCAGGGCGCCAUGCAUCAGUUCAGCCAGCGCUUCCUUUACCAGCCGUCCGGUGCGCCGGUGGAAAACGACCCCCUGGGCCCGCUGCCUCCCGGAUGGGAGAAGCGGCAGGAUAAUGGCAGAAUGUACUUUGUCAACCACAACACGCGAACCACACAGUGGGACGACCCACGCACCCAAGGGAUGAUCAAGGAGCACCCCUUGCCCCCGGGCUGGGAGAUGAAGUACACCGCCGAGGGUGUCCGAUAUUUUGUGGACCACAACUCGCGCACUACCACCUUUAAAGACCCCCGACCUGGGUUUGAGUCUGGGUCCCGGCAGGGUGGAUCACCUGGCGCCUAUGAUCGCAGCUUCAGGUGGAAAUACCACCAGUUCCGUUUCCUGUGCCAUUCCAAUGCUUUGCCAAGCCACGUGAAGAUCUCCGUGUCCAGGCAGACGCUGUUUGAGGACUCCUUCCAGCAGAUCAUGAAUGUGAAGCCAUAUGACCUUCGCCGGAGACUCUACAUCAUCAUGAGGGGAGAAGAGGGACUCGACUACGGCGGCAUCGCCAGGGAGUGGUUCUUCCUGCUGUCCCAUGAGGUUUUGAACCCUAUGUACUGUCUCUUUGAGUAUGCCGGCAAGAACAACUACUGUCUGCAGAUCAACCCGGCCUCCUCCAUUAACCCUGACCAUCUCAUGUACUUCCGCUUCAUAGGACGCUUCAUCGCUAUGGCCCUUUACCACGGGAAGUUCAUCGACACGGGCUUCACACUUCCGUUCUACAAGCGGAUGCUGGACAAAAAACCCACGCUCAAAGACCUGGAAUCCAUAGACCCCGAGUUUUACAACUCCAUCAUGUGGGUCAAAGAGAACAGCUUGGAGGAAUGCGGAGUGGAGCUGUACUUUGCACAGGACAUGGAGAUCCUCGGGAAGGUGUCCACCCACCAGCUGAAGGACGACGGAGAGAACAUACUUGUCACCGAGGAAAACAAGGAGGAGUACAUCAGCUUGCUGACAGACUGGAGGUUCACACGUGGGGUGGAGGAACAAACCAAAGCCUUCCUGGAUGGCUUCAACGAGGUGGUUCCUCUGGAGUGGCUGCGCUACUUUGAUGAGAAGGAGCUGGAGCUGAUGCUGUGCGGCAUGCAGGAGAUCGACUUGGCUGACUGGCAGAAGAACACCAUCUACCGACAUUACACCAAGAACACCAAGCAGAUCCACUGGUUCUGGCAGGUGGUCAAGGAGAUGGACAACGAGAAGAGAAUCCGUCUUCUUCAGUUUGUGACCGGAACCUGUCGUCUGCCUGUGGGAGGCUUCGCUGAACUCAUCGGAAGUAACGGUCCCCAGAAGUUCUGCAUAGACAAAGUGGGGAAAGAAACUUGGCUUCCAAGAAGUCACACAUGCUUUAAUCGCUUGGAUCUGCCGCCUUACAGAAGCUUGGAGCAGCUGCGAGAGAAGCUCAUGUUUGCUAUCGAGGAGACGGAGGGAUUCGGACAGGAGUGAGGCGCGGCACGUGCGCACGCAAAAACUCAAAAAGACACGUAUCGGACUACUAAGUAGCGUUUGUACUUCAUUAGCAUUUCUUCAAAAACGUGCUACGUUCACCUAGCCCCUCCACCUUCAGGGCGAUUACCGUUACGUCAGCAUCAGGAGCCGCGGGGAUGAUGGAGACCAUCAACGCCAUAUCGUGUAUGCAUAUUCGUAGAGUUUAUGUUUUGUGGGUUCGGUUGUAGUACAUUUUACUCCCACUGACCGGCGGCUACUCACAAAUGAAGUACAACGUAUAUAGCGAGAUUAUGGGCGGAGAGGAAGUUCUCUUUCCCAAGAUGGAGAGAUCGUGUUGUGCUCUGACUGUCGAUUGUCAAUUCUAUUGUACAUAUACGUCAAAUCAAUAAAUGACAUUUCACUCUUGACAAAACAUAUUUGACAGUGAGUGACGCACACACACACACACACACACACACACUGGAAAUUUAGCCAAAAUGGCUAAAUGAUGAUGCGACGGAAAACUGCGAAUAAUUUUUAUUUCACCCAUAAAAAUCUCUCUUCUCGACACACGACUCACUCUUGCCCCGACAAACUUUCCCUGCUAGCUUGACGUCGAUAUUUUCUUUGAUUUUGGAUCAACCUUUGCAAUAAAGGUGACUCAUUAAUGAUUAGAUGCAUGAUUCUGUCUUCAAAUGUUGUUGUUCAGUCACGAUUUAAGAUCUAAAUAUGCCUCACAAUUUAAUUAAACAAAGUAUAAAAUGGCCUAUUUUUUAGAGUGGGAAUAGUUGAGGUUUAUUAAUAUUAAUAAGUUCCAUACCCGACAGUGAUAAGUGAAUUUCUGCAAAGUAAGAUUCAAUAUUCAUAAAUGGAAUAUUUUGCUACAGCAUAGAGAACAUGUUUACGACCAAAAUUUUAACUUAUUAGAGCCCAGUAGACAUGAUAUAACACCCCUACAGCCACCUUUACACUCCUAUUAACAAUAUAGUACACAUAACAAAAAAUAAAACAUUUAAGACAUACGACUCGUGGACGCAUGUGUGUGUGGCUUUAAAUGUGGGACAGGAAGUGACGUCGUGGAGAUUGUUGAGUUCUGAUUGGGUUAUGGCCGCAACAGUAGGAAUCAUCGGGCUUGUUGUGAGAUCAUUUAAACCUGCAAUAAAAGCCU